AUGAGAAGCAAGGGAUAUAGAUCUAAGACAAGAAGUGUGUUCAAGAAGGACUACGAUCAGUCAAAAAGACCACAGACAACCACCCUCCUAAACCAGUACAAGAGAGGUGACUACGUUGACAUCAGCGUUGACUCAGGUGUACACAAGGGAAUGCCCCACAGAACUUUUGUUGGAAAGACAGGAAGAGUAUAUGCUGUCUUCAAGACUUCCGUAGGAAUUGCCUUGACAAAACAGUGCGGAAACAGCCUUGUUGUCAAAAAAGUAAUUGCAAGAAUUGAGCACGUUAGACCCAGCCAGUGCCAGAAAGAAAAGAUUGCUAGAGACGAGUACAGAGCAAAGCAUGGAGUUGCUCCACCAAAGCCACUGCCAGAAGGCGCAAGGCCAGCAUUCACCAUCUCCCUGGAAUCCAACACUCCUGUGGUGCUAAAGUCAAACUCACACUUUGCCCGAUAA